AGUGCUUAGUUAGCUCAUGUUCAAACUAUAGCUAUAGAUAAACAAAUGCUACAGGUUGCUACAGGUACACUUCCACAUUUUGCCCAAGAGGUCACUCCCUCAACCGAAACUGCCAGAACUACCUGAUUAUCUGAGCCGGAAAUCAGAUAUUUUUAUGUUUCUCUUGUAUCCGGCGGCAUCGACCAAUCAAAAGCGUCCACGGUCCGAAAAUCUGACGCGCUUUCUUGCCGACACGCUGCAUGAGCGAAGUCCGCCUCGUACUCCCUGCGCUACACGAUCGGCGUUGGCAGGAGCGUUUCGUGUCCCUGGCCUGGAAGAAGACCCGUGCCAACAUGAAAUUCAUCAUCGGUGGUCUAGCUCUCCUCUCUGUGGUCGCUUUGGUCUACUCCGCCCAAGAGAAGCAGCCAAAAGGACCCAAAGUUACCGACAAGGUCUACUUUGACAUCACGAUAGGCGAUGAGCCCGCUGGCCGGAUUGAGAUUGGCUUGUUUGGCAAGACGGUGCCCAAGACUGUGCAAAACUUCAUGGAGCUAGCAAAGAAGCACCUAACGGAGGAGAGGGCGGCGGACGGCGGCCUGACUGGGUACAAGGGCAGCGUGUUUCAUCGAGUCAUCUCAGACUUCAUGAUUCAGGGAGGAGAUUUCACGAAGGGAGACGGCACCGGAGGUCGCAGUAUCUACGGCGAGCGCUUCGCAGACGAGAACUUCAAGCUGAAGCAUUACGGUGCCGGCUGGCUUUCCAUGGCCAAUGCCGGCAAGGACACCAACGGAUCUCAGUUCUUCAUCACCCUCAAGAAGACCUCGUGGCUCGAUGGAAAGCACGUAGUUUUCGGGAAGGUUGUCAAGGGAAUGGAUGUGGUGCGCAAGGUUGAGAAGGUCCAGACGAACAGCCGAGACAAGCCGACGAAGGAGGUCAAGAUUGUCGACUGCGGGGUGCUCACGGUGGAGACCCCCUUCGCUACUGCCAGGGCCGACGCGACCGAAUAAGUUGCCGAGGGACAUUGGGGGAACGUCACAAACGACAACACCCGGGGCGGCACUUCAUAACAUUUCCAUGGGACGGGGGGAGCCAAGUAUUUUUUCUUACUUGCUUCUAUACUGUAAAUAAAAUGUUUGUUUUCUUA